AUGGCCACUGAAAUUGGAAGACAUGAAAGGGCUGUUGAUGCUACAGCUGAUGCAGAUAUUCAAAAAGAAUUUUCAAGACAAAGAGAACAUCUUGAACGAUCUGUAAUUGGAUUAAGACAAAAAUUAGCUCGGGAUAGUGAAAUGCAUCGUGCAGAUUAUAUUCGUAUAAUGCAAGAGAAUGUUAGUCUUAUUCAAGAAAUCAAUAACCUACGCACAGAAUUAAAAGCAGCUCGAAAUCAUAUUAACGAUUUAGAAGCAGCACUUGGUUUAAAUCGUAAAGAUGGUGAUAAAGCAAGACAGUUAUUAAUCCAGGUGAAUAAAUCACGACCUAAUCCUGUAUUAGAAGCUGAUUAUGAACAAGCUCAACGUGCAUUAGCUGCUCAACAAGAUUUAAUUGACGCAUUACAAAUGAAAUUGGAUAGUUAUAUACAAGCUUUUAGUGGUAAUAAUUCAAAUGAUUUAUUAAAAGAUUUACAAUCUGCUGCUCAUUCACCAUAUACAAAAUCACCAUCUGCUAUAACAACAACAACAACAACAACAGUACAACAAUCACAGUCAAGGCCAUAUUCAAAUUCAAAUAUUCUACCACCAAUUAAUAAUGGCGGAAUGAUUGAGUCAACAGAGAAGAAAACAUCUACAGCUACUUAG